UCUGCGGCCAGACGCUCCUCACUCUCUCUCAGCGGCUCUGCUCAUGGCCAAAGUCAAUAGCGGUUCGUCCGGUUGCAGGGCCGUGGUCAUGGCUUCAGUUUUGGACGAGACCGCCAGCCCUGAGGCAGCAGAGAGACUAGCCUCAGUGAACCAGCGCAUGAGGGCAUCCAGCGCCGCGGGCCACGGGGGCAAAAACUCGGCGUGGAGCCAGCAGGAGCCCCCCAACUAUCUCUGGUCCAACCGCACGCUGAUCUACAGAGAUGUCAAGGCUUUUCUCAAUGAAAUUGGAGGAGAUCCGCGGGAGGCUCGCUACUGGUUAACACACUUCCAGCGGGCCGGUUCAUUUCCUGCGUUUGCGGUUCUGGAGGUUGACACUUCAGUGUUUGAUAGCCAAGAGAUGGUUCAGAGUCUGGCCUUUGGGCUCUCGUUCUUGCAGAGGAUGGAUAUGAAGCUAGUGGUGGUGAUGGGAUUGCCUCCUGAUUUGGAAGAAGAGGAUGGCGCCAAAACCGAGACUAAAUCCUCCCUCGCCAGGACAACGAUGGUGAAACACUGUCAGGCUUUAACAGAAGCACUUCAGCACAACUCAGCCAAUGUGAUGCCCUUCUUUAGCUCCGAGGCCCUUUUACAACUGCAGCACUCUCAGGAUAAGAGCAGCAGUGGUCUCUCAGUUGUCGUGGACUCUGCUCUUCUGCAGUGGACUCUGAACUGCAGAGUGAUUCCUCUGGUCUGUCCGGUGGGCCGCGAUGCAGCGGGCCGCUCUUCUGUGCUCAGUCCGAUCCAGGUCACAGCAGCCAUCUCGCAGUCACUACAGCCUCUGAAAGUCAUAUUCCUGAAUAGCUCAGGGGGCAUCCGUAACCAAAACCACAAGGUGUUGGGUUUGGUGUCAUUGCCGGGAGAUCUGUCAGGUCUGAGGGAUGUGGAGCACAGACGCGUCAGUGCCAUAGCGCAGCUGCUCAACCUGCUUCCGGCGGAGAGCUCGGCUGUCCUCACCUCAGCGGACACGCUUCUCACUGAGCUCUUCAGCCACAAGGGCUCAGGCACCCUUUUUAAAAAUGGAGAUCCCAUUCACAGAUACAGUAGCCUGGAUGACAUUGAUAUUGACCGUCUCUUGGCACUGAUUAACAAGUCUUUUGAGAAGAACCUGAGAGAGGAUUAUAUAGCUUCUCUCAAGGGAAGACUGCAUUCCAUUUACCUGUCUCAGGGGUACAGCGCAGCUGCUAUAAUCACCACAGAGCCUGUGAACAGCGGCACUCCGUACGACAAAUUUGUGGUCAGCAGCAGUAAACAACAAGGCCAAGGAACCGGUCAGAUCUUGUGGGAGUGUAUUCGUCAGGACUUGGGCAAGCUCUUCUGGAGAUCUCGCGCUACGAACCGCAUCAAUCCCUGGUACUUCAAGCACUGUGAUGGCAGUUUCGUAAACGGUCACUGGAUUGUAUUCUGGCUCGGCCUUUCAGACAUCCGUGAGUCUUACGAGCUGGUGGAGUACGCCAAGUGCCUUCCUGACUCCUUCUGCUCUCACAUCGCAACAGAAGCAAAACCACUUCAGCAACCUCAAGGCUCAUGAAAACAAUACUUGC